AACACACCAUAAUCCGAUUCUUCGUCUAAAUUUGACUCCCGAUUUUCUCUCUCUGUCUAAAAGCUCCGAAAAAAGCUCGCCUCUAAUGGAAAUUUCGAAACCCUAAAAAACCCUAAAAAGCCAUGUCUUUGAGAAGAGCCUUUCGAUCUCGCAAAUUCUCCAAAUCCUUUCGGGAAUUAAGCCCCGAAGAGGAACAUCAUCAGACCACCACACAGGGCCGAGGUGGCCGUUGCGACUCGGCCGAGAUGGGCGGCCGAGUCGUCGUCGCUGCCGAUGAUUUUAACAACAAUAACGACGAGUCUUCGUCAUCGUCGUCAUCGCCGUCGUGGUCGUCCAUGCUUCCGGAGAUUUUAGUGGAGAUUAUUCGACGAGUUGAGAAUAGCGAAGAUCGUUGGCCUAAUCGUCGAAACGUCGUCGUAUUCGCUUGUGUUUGUAAGCAGUGGAGGGAUAUUGCUAAAGAGAUCGUUCGAUCACCUUCUCGAACUGGGAAAAUUACUUUCCCUUCUUGUCUUAAACAGCCAGGGCCUCGUGAAUCUCCACAUCAAUGCCUCAUAAGACGGAACAAGAAGACUUCUACCUUUUAUCUGUAUCUAGCUCUUACACCAUCAUUCACAGAUAAGGGAAAGUUUCUCUUUGCAGCGCGGAGAUAUAGAAAUGGUGCUCAUACCGAAUAUAUAAUAUCACUUGAUGCAGAUGACCUUUCACAAGGCAGUAAUGCCUAUGUUGGAAAGUUGAGCUCGAAUUUUCUUGGCACCAAUUUUACAAUCUACGAUGGUGAGCAACCUCACAACGGUGCAAAGCCAUCAAGUAGUAAAUCCAGUCGUCGUGUUGCAACCAAACAAAUAAGCCCUCAAAUUUCAGCAGGCAAUUUCGAAGUUGGGUAUGUUUCUUACAAGUUCAACCUCUUGAAGUCAAGAGGUCCAAGAAGGAUGAUAUGCUCAUUGAAUUGCCCUUGGUCUGGUGAUUCUUCUAUCGACAAAUUUCUAGACGAGUCUAAUACAAAGAAGCAGCUCGAAUUUGCUGCUGCUUCUGGAUCCACAGUUUUGAAAAACAAAGCCCCGAGAUGGCACGAGAAUCUACAAUGCUGGUGUCUGAAUUUCCAUGGCCGUGUAACUGUAGCAUCAGUGAAAAACUUUCAAUUGGUUGCAACUAUGGACCAAAGCCAACCGGGAGGAAAGGGAGACGAAGAACUAGUCUUGCUCCAGUUUGGUAAAGUCGGGGAUGAUACGUUUACGAUGGAUUAUCGACAGCCCUUAUCAGCGUUCCAGGCUUUCGCCAUUUGCCUCACCAGCUUUGGCACUAAAUUGGCUUGUGAGUAAAUAAAUAAAUAUAUAAAUAUAUAUAUGCUUUUUUUGUUGUAUGUUUAUUUAAAAAAGACAUGAAACUGAGGACUUUGUCCAUAAUUUUCUCUAUAUAGUGUUGAUUGGAAGAGCUUAUUACAUGUAUGUAUAUAUGUAUAUAUGUAUGUACAUGUUGUUUGUUGUAACUUGUAUGAUUAUGACAUGUCUUAUAAUAUUGAAAUUAUUUGUAGCAAAA